AUGACUAUGUUAGCUGUGAAGAACUUUUUCAUGCCGGAGAAAAGAGUGGAUUCCCCAAGGUUCUCGAGAAUGCCAGAGGCUUUAAUGAGGUCUAUAAGACGACGCUCUUUGAGAGUAAAGAGGACAAAGUCACUGGUACUUGUGAAUGAAAAGAGGAAAUCCGAUUCAUUCGUGAAUAGUCAAGAAUGGACUGCCUCACGAGGUGUAACAGAACUUCGGGUUGGAGUUUUGGGGUCACCGGACAGUGGUAAAUCAGCUCUUGUUCAUCGAUAUUUAACAGGGGCAUAUAUGCAAGAAGAAAGUCCUGAAGGCGGUCGCUUCAAAAAGGAAGUGAUCAUCGACGGCCACAGUUAUCUUCUACUCAUAAGAGAUGAAGGGGGCUCUCCGGAAUUGCAGUUUACGGCUUGGGUGGACGCCGUAAUCUUCGUGUUCAGCCUGGAAAACGAGAUCAGCUAUAAUACGGUUUCGAACUACUUCAAUAAAAUGUCCCAUUAUAGGAAUUCCGCGGAGAUUCCAAUCAUAUUGGUCGGGACCCAAGAUGCCAUAAGUGAAAGUAGUCCACGCGUGGUAGACGAUAACCGCGCUCGUAAGUUGUCGAAUGAGCUGCGGAGAUGUUCUUACUAUGAGACUUGUGCUACGUACGGCCUAAACGUGGAGCGAGUCUUCCAAGACGCACGUAGUGGCAACACUGGCCCCCAGCCAGUCGAGCGCCGCGCCGUACCGUUCGGUCGGUUCAUUCGGUUUUCUUAG